AUGUCUACGUUUUUCAAAAGCAUUGGAUUGAGUAAAGUAAAAUUACCUUCCAAAAAAUGGUUAGCAUUUUAUACAGUCAGUAGUUUUGCGUUGAGUGGUGUAAUAUAUGAUAAACAACAACAGAAAUCCAUUAGACAAAAUUAUAUUGAUCAAGUGAAAGAUAUUUCUAAUGAGAAAUUAGAAAUUAAUCAAUUACCUCGUAAGAUCAAAGUUUUCAUUGCUCCACCACCAAGUGAUUAUUUGGAAACAAGUUUAAAAUUUUGGUCAAGAUAUGUGAAACCAAUACUUUAUUAUUCUGGAUUAGAUUAUGAAAUAAUAGUAGAGAAUCAACAAGGUGUUAUUAGAUCAUAUGUUGCCAAUGAAAUGAGAAAUCUCCGCAAAAGUAUAUUAGAUUUACCUUUAAAAAAUUUAGAAGAAGAACAAGCUCAAUUGAAAGAAGGGAAUGAAAUUAUCAAGAAACCUGAACCUGUGGAAAGAUUAGAUAUGAGAAAAUAUAUGGGUAUAUUUUAUAAAAUGGAAUUACCUGAUGAAAUUAAAAGUGAAGAUUGUGUCAAGAAUGAACCUGAAUUAACAGGAGGAGUUAUUUGUUUGGGACGUGGUGCAUUUAAAGAGUAUAUUACUGGAUUACAUGAAGGAUUAUUGGGACCAUUAGAUAUGCCCAAAGAAGUAAUUGAUAAAGCUAGGGAGAUUUCGAAAAUUGAAAAUGAUAAAUCCAAGGAUACUACAUUACAAACAUCAACAGAGAUGGUGAAGGAUAUUACAAAUGAGGAGAAAACAAAUGAAACAAUGAUGGAUAUACCAAAAGAAGAAACUUUUAUUGAAACUAUUCAAGAUUCUAAUACUCUUGUCAAGAAUGAAACUACAGAACUUCCAAGUGGGGAUGCAAGUGCAGGAGCAAACGAAGAUGCAAGUGCAAACGAAGAUGCAAGUGCAAACGAAGAUGCAAGUGCAAACGAAGAUGCACGUGCAAACGAUAAAGAAAUUUGUUUACCAUCAUUCCUUCCUGAAAAAUCAUACAACGAAAUUUCUCUACCGAUUGAAUUAAAUAAUUUCCAAACCACAUUAAAAGAUCGUGAAACUGGAUUACCUAUUCUUAUUCAUCAACCAAUUGUCAUGAUACCUAUCCCCAAUUUAAUUGGGUUUUUAAAUAUCCCCAAGAGAAUAUAUCGAUUUUAUAAUAAACGAUACAUGUGUGAUUCCAUUUGUGGUGAUGUGACACAUUUAGUGAAACAAGAUACGAUAAGAAGGUUUGAAAAGGGGGAUUUACAAUUAGGACUUGAAGAAGAAUUAGAUUGGCCAAGUCGUUGGGUUCAAAAAGGUCAAGAUCGGAAUAGUGAAUGGGUAAAUGAAUUAAUUGGAGAUAAAAGAGUUUAUGAACAAUUAAAAGUGAUUAAUGAAAAGAGGGAGUAA